GAAUCAUCGAGAAUUUCUAGUUUCUCCCCUCUUGUAAACCCUAGCAAAACCAAUCAGUGAGAUUCACAUUUCUCCAUACAGUCACCAAAAAUGGCUUGGCGCAAUGCAGGAUCUGCUGCCCGUUCAUUCGUCUCCGCCACUGCAAGAGCACCGUCUCUCCGUUCUCCUACGGCGGCGCUUCCUCGCCUCCGUCCUUCCCAAUCCUCUUUACCUGGUCGCCGCUUCUCCUUUUCAUCGCCUUCUAGGAAUCUAGGAGCACUUGGUUGCACACAGUCUUUCUUGCCUCUCUACAGUGUUGUGGCUGCUUCUCAACUCACCUCUCAUCUUAAUGUUAAUUUGCGGGCUUUCUGCGAGCUACCAAACGGUACCUUCCGACGCACUUGUCCAGAUCGCUAAUAGUCCUCUUUGUACUUGAAGUGGCAGAGGAGCGUAUAAUACAACAGUGCAUGCAUCAGUUACUUUGGAGGGGUGUGAGAGAUCCAAAGAUUGAGUUACCUCAGAAAACCAGUCUGGUACUUUAGCUUAAGAAGUUUUCAGUUCCAUAUUGUGAGGGAUCCCUUUGAUUAUUAAUAGCUGUAGAGCGUUUCGUUUAGUUGGCACAGUGUUGAGAACUUUUUUGUUUUGUUUGGGAAAGAUGAAUAAAAUUCUGAAACUACUUAGCAUUGUUUAAUAAGUGUAGUGGAUUACAACUACAAGCGGUGGUGUUCGUGUUCCUAGUUCAAUAUUUGUUAGUCGUUAUUUAUAUAAUCCAUGCUAGAGUGAAGUAUUUUUUAGUGUUGCAAAUUAUGUUACAAAUUUUAAAGAAAAUAAAUGU